ACUACCAGUUGGUAUGAAUGCUACGGAGAAAGCACUAAAAAUGAAUUUAGGGCAAACGCGUUGACUGCAUCAGGUACCUGGUCUGAUAUCGACUACACCAGUGGAUGUCCAGCAAGGCGCGCCAGCUGGCCGGCCAUCAGUCACUGGUCUCGUUUAGCUUCCAUGUCCAUCAGCUAUUACACCGGCCCAGCGAACAACACAGCACUUCUUUCCAAAAUCCAACUGGCUAUGAACUAUUGGUUUAGCAAUGAUUAUGUGUCUGACGACUGCAUUGCCCUUGGAGGACUAACAAAUGCCACAUGCCCUUGUGGAACACCAGGGCUUUGGAAUACAAACUGGUAUGAUCAAGUUAUUGGCGUAGCAAAGCCUGCCAGUGUUGCUUGUCUCUUCUCCCAACAAGGGUUAGAUGUGAAUCAAACAGCAGGAUGCACUCGGGUUAUGAGUCGUUCUUGGUCGCAAGUCGAUCAAUGGGUAUAUGGUCUUGGUGCAGUGACUGGAGCAAACACGUUGGAUGUGUCCAGUGUCGGUCUUGCCUUGGCCCUCUUUACCAAUAAUGAAACUUUGAUGGCUGAUGUUUUCACGCACGCUAACGGACAAGUAGUGACAUUGCUAUCACUAGGCAUUAAGGCGGACGGAUCUUUCUUCCAGCACGAUGGUGUCCUCUACAGUGGAAACUACGGUAUGGUUUUCGCAAACGACUUUUUGUUGUUUGCUUCUGCAGCAGUUGGCACAUCGUACCAGGCUGUGGAUGCUCAGAAAGCAAUUUUCACAAACUUGUUGGAGGGUACAGAAUGGAUGAGCUUUUACGACUCAGUAACCAAGACUGUAAGAUGGGAAUAUUCCUGUUUGGGUCGUAUGGUGUCUAUGAGUAGCUACUCGCCAUUCGAUGUAAAUAUUAAACAGUAUCCAAAUGGCACAAGUACUUGGUCUCAAUACUCUGAAAUAUCCGCAUCGGAAAAGCGAUUGCAAGCAACUGGAGCUACUGCAAAUCCUGGUCAGCUGAACGGAAACCGGCUGUUUUGGAAUGCUGAUUACAUGAUCAUGCGUCGUGAUAGCUAUGUUGUAUCACUCAAGAUGUUCUCUUCCCGUAUUCGUAAUACCGAGUGCGUAAAUCUUCAGAAUAUCAAGGGCUACCAUUUGUCAGAUGGUCUCGUGUAUACAUACUUGACAGGCAAUGAGUAUGUUGACAUAUUCCCCACCUGGGACUGGAAUCUCCUCCCUGGAACCACUGUAGCAUAUGGAGCAGAUCCGCUGAACUGUGAUCAAGCUAGUGCUUUCGGUGUAAACGAUUUUGUUGGCGGUGUAUCGACCGGAGAUAUUGGUAUUGGGGCAAUGCAAUACACUGAUCCCUUGUCGGUCAGCUCAAAUAGUACUAGUUGGAGCAAGGGUUGGUUCUUCUUCGACAACCAAUAUGUUGUUGUUGGUAACGGUAUCACCACCAAUUCCGGGUCACCACUGUACUCCGUAUUGGAUCAGCGUAAGUUAAAUGGAAGCGUUUACACUUCGGCCAACCCAUCUACUCCUGUUCCUACCAAUACCACUACCAAUUAUACCAACCCUGAUUGGCUUUGGCAUGGUAAUAUUGGAUAUGUGUUCCUUAAUAAUAGUGCUCCAACUUUAUCGGUUUCUCCAAGUCAGCAAUCUGGAAACUGGUCGUCUAUAGCUAUAGACACAACUGUUGUCACCACCAACGUAUUCAAGUCGUGGGUCACCCAUCCGGCUUCAGCUACCGGCUCACUUGCUUAUAUUGCUGACUUGAACGUGCCAUACAGCGGUUUCAAAGCGAAGUCUGCAUUGCUGAAGGCAUCCAUUCAACUACUUGCCAAUAAUGAUCAAGUCUCUUCCGUCUUGAACAUUGCUGAUCUUACGUUAGGAAGCAUAUUCUGGAAAGCUGGAUCCUUAAAUUUGCCGAAAACCUCAGCGUUUUCACAAAGUCUGCAUAUUCAAGGCUCUCUGUUCUCGUUGACUGUUGACCAGCCAUCCAUCGUAUUGUUAAAGCUCAACCUCAAAAAUGGAUCUGUUGCAGUCAGUGUAUCUGACCCUACACAGACACAAUCUACCUUAAAUUUAUCCAUCAGCAAAACCUUGCUUAAAUGUCCAAAGACAUCUUCUACAGGCUUCAAGUGUCAGCAGCAAGCUGGAGGAAUCAAGCUUGCAAUCAUCUUGCCUUCUGGCCAAAAUGCCGGCAGUACAGCUACAGGUGCUCUGACACUUUUAUAA